CUUCACCUCGGUGACCUUUAAGCUUAAAACUUCAUUUCCUUUCGCAAAGACUUGGUCAAAAUACAUUUUACAUCCGUCAGUGUUUAUAAGAGCCACCUUUUGCGACAUCGAAUUUCCCUCCCUACCUCGUUAACUCUCUAUAAUAUGUUGAAAUCCACAUAUAAGCCCUCGUCGAACCCGCCGCCACUACCUUUACUUCCCGGUUGGACAGAGCACAAAGCUCCCACGGGCCAUACUUUUUACCACAACGCGGCCACGGGGGAAUCCACGUAUGAUCGUCAAAAGGCGUCGUUUCUACCUACUACUACUGCUACUUCUAUUUCACAACCUUCACCUCCUCCUCCACAGGGCCCUCACGCCAACUUCCUCCAGUAUUCCACCGUUCCUCAACUUUCCGAUCCCGCGACUGCCAAUGCCUUCCUUGCUCAGUACGACCCAGCACACCAACGUCAUGCGCAGCAGCAACAGCAUGGCGGCCGUGGCGGCCACCGCGGUCAUCAUGAAGGAAAAGAUCGUCCCCGCCCUCAGCCGGCAGACAAGCCAAAAUCCAAAGUUGCCAUACCGGGCUGUGAGCCAUGGUUGCUAGUGUACACCAAGUAUGGUCGGCGCUUCGCGUAUAAUCCCGUCAAAAAUGCGAGUUAUUGGCGGAUCCCCGACAAGGUCAUGAAGGGAGUAUUAGAACUAGACAUUAGAGGGAUUAAAGAGAAGGCCACAGGCACGCAAGUUGGGGGAGCGGAUGUUGGGACAUCUAUAUCCCCGUCCGCGGAACCGCAAACGAGAACCCCUACAACAAAAGACGCGGCGGGAGAAACCGAGGAUCAAGUAGAACUAGGUUCUGAUUAUGAAGAGGUUGAGGUCACAGAUGACGAAGGCGAAGAAGAGGAGAUCCGCGAAGCGAUGGAAGAUGAAGGCCAAGACAAUGAGCGCCCUCCGAAACGACAGCGCACGGAAGAGCCUAUCGAAGACCUACCGGUAGAAUUCAACGAGGACGAUAUCGCAUACCAGUUACAAGCGAUGGGAGAUGAGUACGGUCUAGAUCCGGGCGAGUACGACGACGGUAACCCGGACGCAUGGCCUGAAGGCGCUGAAGGUCUUCCCCUAUCUGAGACGGACGCGAGAGAGCUGUUCAAAGAUUUACUAAACGAUUAUGGUAUUAAUCCUUAUUCGUCAUGGGAAAAACUCAUUGAAGAGGGCCGCAUCAUUGAAGACGGACGGUACACGGUGCUUAAUACGAUGAAGGCACGUAAAGAUGCCUGGGAAGAGUGGAGUCGCGAACGAAUACAAAUUCUCAAAGAGCAGCGUGCGAAAGAGGAAAAGAAGGACCCCCGGAUCCCGUACUUGGCAUUUCUCCAGCAGAAAGCUACACCAAAGCUCUACUGGCCAGAAUUUCGGCGCAAGUACAAGAAGGAAGCACCCAUGCGUGACACCAACCUAAACGAUCGCGAUCGGGAGAAGUGGUAUCGUGAGCAUAUCAAUCGACUAAAAUUACCCCAAGAUACCCUCAAGAAAGAUCUAGCUGCGCUUUUACGCAGUAUCCCUCUCCGCUCGUUAAAUAACAAGACCCAUCUAGAAAACCUCCCUCCUCAAAUACUGGCUGACUUGCGCUACAUCAGCCUGGACCCGCAGACCCGGGACCCUUUAAUAGAGGCAUAUAUUCAGACGUUAGGACCGCCACCCGCAGGAGAUGAGGCCGACGACGAUGGCGAGGCGGCACGCAAGGCGAAAGAGGAACGGAGAAAGCGGGAGAAAGCACUUGAAGAACGAGAGCGCAUUGUUGCAGAAGAAAAGCAAAGGCAAAAGAAGCAACUAGAAUACGGAAAAGCAGCCCUACGAGAGGAGGAGCGGGAAUUAGAGAGAGCUAUGCACGUAGGAAAAAAGGGAUUGCAGAGUCAACUUUUAGCCGCGAAUAAGGCUGAUAAGGCUGAUAAUGCUGCUGGGUAAUUGAGCACCUUAGGUACUUAAUAAAUAUACCCAAACUACCACAAGCAUGAUUCACAAUCUCACCCUCAGUAUGAAAU